CCUGUAGAACUAGGAAACCCUCUCCAGGCUGUUCUCGUCUUCCUUCUCCUCUCUUACAAUACAAUAGCUGUUCUAAUCAACUUCUGACAAUCUCUCUAUAUAUACAUUCUCCGCCGCAGCACGUUUCAACGCUGAAAAACAGAUAGACAUCUAAUUUUCAUCGGCAACCAUGGUAGCUCAAAGCGGCUUGAACCCAGAAGCUCCCGAGUACGUCCCAAAUUACUGCAACCCACAAAUUGCACAGGUUGUGUACUGUGUAAAUAAUCUCCCCAGGAGUUCUCCAAUCUUUUCUACCAAUCCAUUAUACUACGCUUCAGUAGUACCGUCUAAUUAUGUUUGCUACGCUGGUUCUUCUCAUCCCACGAACCAGCAGCCUAUGGUGAUAGGGCCGCCUGCAGGCCCUUCUUCGGUUGCACAGACUGAGCGGACUCGUGAACCCCAGUUGGAGCCUGGACCUGAAGCGGUUACCGAAGUGAUUAGUCCAAGAGAUGCAAAAGGGGAGUGCUCCAGGAAUCGCAGGGGUCGUUGUUUUAUUAAUGGUCGGGAAAAUCAAAGGAAGACGUGUAGGGCUAGGGGUGAUAGCGGGAGAAAUUAUAAUUUUAGAAGACAUGCACGGGCUCCUGCGGCGGCUUCAAGACAGAACCGUCCUGUGUUACCCAUCCGGCCUGAAGAACACACCACCGUCAUGAUUAGGAAUAUUCCUAAUAGAUACACCCGCGAGUUGUUGAUGGAAUUUCUUGAUAAACACUGCAUGGUAGAGAAUCAGAAGGCGAUGCUUCGAAAGUCUGAUUGCGAAGAGACAUUCGUGUCAGCCUUCGAUUUCUUGUAUCUUCCUAUGGACUUUGGAAACCACGCCAACAAAGGCUACGCAUUCGUUAAUUUUACCGACUCAAGAGCCGCAUGGAAGUUUCAUGCCGCAGUUCACAAUCAGCGUUGGGAGCUUUUUCAAUCAACCAAAAUCUGUGAGAUAGCCAGUGCAAGACUCCAGGGAAAAGAGGGGCUGGUGAAGCACUUUCGGAACUCAACUUUCGAGUGUGGAACUGAUGAUUAUUUGCCAGUAUGUUUCAGCCCACCCAGAGAUGGUUCAAGGGUUAUAGUGAAGCAAACGAUCAUAGGGAAACGUGUUGGUAAGUGUUAACAAAAUCAAGCUCAGUGUUAGAUUUGGUGGCCGGAGAUGGAGAUGUGAUCAGAUCUUGUCCAUGUCAGUGUCUGUGUCAGUUUAGUGUUAGUGUUGCGGGUGUCAGCUUCAGUCUGCAAAGGCCUUAGUCUAUAGGCUUCUUGGGUUGUUGAAGCUUUGUGAACUGCUAGUUGGGUUUCUGUUUUCUUUCUGUUGUAGCUAGUUUGGGCAUGCAAUAGUUUUCGGUAGCUAACUUACUACGGAAUGGCAUUAGGGUUCGUUGGACAAGGAGCCAAUCAUGCAAUAUAUGUAAUAGGGCAAAUGCUGUUGUGAAGAGAUGGGGUGGGCCCUGCCACCUGUUCCUGGCCAGACCAUGGAAGGGCAGGUGGUGGGACCCACCCUCCUUAUCCUGUGGAUGAACAGUAGUUGAUUAACUGUAAUCUUAUGUACUGGGUUUUUAUAUCAUCUCCCUCCCUUUGUCUCUUCAUCAAUUAUACAAUAC